CCUCUGUACCUUUUUUUCUGUUUCAUUCGCAAACACGAAAGUUCUUAGGUUGAAGAGAGGUUCCUGCGAAAAAAAAAAAAAAAAAAAAAAAACCAAACAAAUGAUGGUGUUGGCGAAUUCUGUUACGAAACAGGUUUUUCCCGUAGACUACGAAACGGAGGUGUCGCAGCGUCUCGUAGAGGCUUCUCAUUACGGCGACACCGAAACGGCGUUCGAGUGUAUCGCGAGUCCGUUGGUGGACGUUAACUUCGUUGGAACGGUGUCGUUUAAGUCCAAAACGACGGAAAUCGUGCUGCAGGACGAGUCGCCUCACCGAGUUAACUCGGCGUACGAGGAGUUCAAGACCGAGCUCACUGCUCUGUUCCUGGCCGCGCACACAGGGAAUUUGACACUCCUGCGGAAGCUUCUGAAUGUCGGAGCAAAUGUAAAUAUAAGAUUGUUCAGGGGAUAUGCCACAACAGCAUCAGUGAGAGAAGGGCAUCUAAAAGUAUUGGAGGUUCUCAUCAAUGGUGGAGCGUCACAACUUGCAUGUGAGGAGGCUUUAUUGGAAGCAUGUUACAUGGGGAGGGCCAGAUUUGCUGAACUACUCAUGCAGUCCAGCAUGAUCCGUCCUCGGGUUGCAGUUCAUGCCCUUGUCUCUGCUUGUUGCAGAGGCUUCGUUGAGGUUGUUGAUGUACUCAUCAAGCAUGGAGUGGAUGCCAAUGCAAUUGAUAGGACCUUGCUUCAAUCUUCAAAGCCAUUUCUUCACGCUAAUGUUGAUUGCAAUGCAUUAUUCGCCGCUGUUGUCAGCAGGCAGAUUAAUGUUGUUAGAUUACUGUUGCAGGUUGGCGUGAGGCUUGAUAUCAAGGUGAAACUGGGGGCAUGGUCGUGGGACACAGAUACAGGAGAAGAAUUUCGUGUUGGUGUUGGACUAGCUGAGGCUUAUCCAAUCACAUGGUGUGCUGUGGAGUAUUUUGAAUCCACUGGUGCCAUAUUGCACAUGUUGCUCAGCCAUCUCUCUCCAAAUAGUUUACACUUUGGGAGGAGUCUCUUGCACCAUGCAAUUAUUUGUAACAAUGAAAAGGCACUAACUACACUUCUAAACCGUGGUGCUGAUGCAGAAGUGGUAGUGCAAACCACUGAAGAAACCAAUGAACACCCUAUUCACAUAGCUGCACGGCUAGGGUCAUGUAACAUUCUUCAGUCGCUGAUUAGUGGUGGUUGUAACUUGGACUCCAAAACAAAAUCUGGAGACACGGCAUUGAUGAUUUGCACAAGGCACAAACAUGAGAAGUGCCUUGGAGUGCUAGCAUCAGCUGGUGCUGAUUUUGGGAUGGUAAAUUCAUCUGGUCUCAGUGCAACUUCAAUUGCAAACUCUGUUCAGUGGACUAAAGUCUUCCAAAAAGCACUUCUGGAUGUAAUCAGAGCCGGUAAGAUUGUUAAAUCAAGCAACCCCUAUAGAUUUUCCGCUUUGUUAUUUGUGACUCGUGCAAAUGAUGUAGAGGGUUUGAAGAAACUCAUUGAAAAUGAGAACACCAAUCUAGAUGAGCAAAAUGGAAAUGGAUUUUCAGCUGCUAUGAUAGCUGUUAUUGGGGGUAACGUGGAAUCUUUCAGGUUGCUUCUUUAUGCUGGUGCUGAUGUGACCAAGCUUGAAAACAAGUAUGGUUUGACAGCACUUGAACUCAUAGACAUGAGCCCAAAUGGUGAAAUGUUCCACAACGUGAUGCUUGAAUAUGCACUUCAUAAGAGAGGCAAUGGUUGUUCAAUAGAGGUGAAUCCUCUCCACCGUGCAGCAUGUUAUGGGGACAUGAACAUUGUUAAAAAACUAAUAAAAGAAGGGUAUGAUGUAAAUGCCUUUGAUGAUCAAGGAUACACCCCUUUGAUGCUAGCAGCAAGAGCAUGCCGGCGUGAAAUGUGUGAGCUUUUGAUCUCGUGUGGAGCCAAAUGUGAUGUUGAAAAUGAGAGACACGAGACAGCACUUUCCCUUGCAAGGCAAAAUGGUGCAGAAAAUGAUGCUGAAAGCGUGAUAAUGGAAGAGCUAGCUCGAACACUAGUCUUGUGUGGUGCUCGUGUGAAGAAGCACACAAAGUGUGGUAAAGGUUCACCUCAUGGUAAGUCACUGGUGAUGGUUGGAGCUGCUGGAAUCUUGCGUUGGGGAAAAUCUAGUAAGAGAAACGUGAUUUGUAGAGAGGCUGAGGUUGGACCUAGUGAGAAGUUUCGAUGGAAUCGUAGGAAGAAGUUUGAUGUCGAUGAGGGGGGAAUGUUUCAUGUGAUUACUACGAAAAACAAGGAGGUGCAUUUUGUGUGUGAAGGUGGGGUUGAAAUGGCUGACUUGUGGGUGAGGGGGAUUAGAUUAGUGACUAGAGAAGCUAUUUUUGGUCGAAGAGCUUAUAACGUUUGAAGGGGCCAUGGUUGGGGAAACAUAGAGGUUGUAAUUGUAAAAGUACCUAAUUCUUGGUAAUUGGUAUACAAAUCAAUUUCAGUUUAUACCUUUUUAUUUA